AUGAAGGAGGUUUCUCCCAGAUACCCUCUGCGUCUCAGAACCACCUCCAGGACCUUGUCCUCCUCGUCCACGACCAGCACCUCCUUCUCCAGAGAGAUCCAGGACCAGAGGAACCGGAACACCUGUCAGAGCCGUACUCAGGACGUCUGUGUUGCCAUGGAGACGACUGCAGAUACAAGCCCCGCCCCCCUGGACCUCACUGAAGACCUGGGACACCGGCUCGAUGACAUCAUCAGCACCUACAGCGAGCCCCCCACCCCAGGGUGCCCCCCCCUCACCCCCCAGGAAGAGAGUGUGACAUCACCCGCUAGCCCCGCCCCCCAGGAAGAGGCCGACGAGCUGCAGCCAAUCAGGAAGGGCCAGAAACCGGAGAAGAAAAUGUUGAAAAACCUGGGGAAAGAGGCCAUGCAGCUGAUGCAGAGUCUGAACAAACUGGAGACACCAGAGAAGAAACUGGAGGCUGUGAUCAAGAAGCACGCUGAGCUGCUCGAGGAGCAUCGUGCGGAGCAGAAGCAGCACAAGCUGCUGCAGAAGAAGCUGCUCCUCCUGCUGAAGGAGAAGGAGGCGCUGCAGACGGAGCACAGCAGAGACGUGUUGGGGAGGAGCAAACUGGAGGGACUGUGCCGGGAGCUGCAGCGCCACAACAAGACCCUGAAGGAGGAGACCCUGCAGCGGUGUCGUGAGGACGAGCUGAAGAGGAAGGAGAUCACGAGUCACUUCCAGACGACGCUGUCAGAGAUCCAGGCUCAGAUCGAGGAGCACAGCAGCAGGAACAGCCGCCUCCUGCAGGAGAACGCCUCCCUCUCGGAGAAGCUGAAGGGCCUCAUCGCACAGUACGACUCCAGAGAGAGCAAUCUGGAGAAGGUUUUCAGACACCGAGACCUGAAAGAACAGCUGCUGGAGACCAAGUUGAGCCAGGCCAACCUCCUGCUGCAGGAGGCGCAGGACAAGCACCGCGUGGAGAGGGACCUGUUGCUGACACAGACAGCAGAGUGUAAGCUGCAGAUGAAGGCUCUGAAGCAGCAGGAGAGCGAGAUGAGAGGACAGUUGGACAUGUAUUCCAGAAAGUUUGACGAGUUUCAAGGCAGCGUCUCCAAGAGCAACAGUGUUUACAGCGGAUUCAAGCAGGACAUGGACAAAAUCAUCGACCUGGCGCAGGUGGAGGGACAGCUUGAGUGCAAACAGAUGAAGUGGGUUGUGUUGUUUAUUGCUGUCUUAAUUGUCUGA